AUGAUAUUUGGUAUUAAUUAUUUGAUAAUAAUUGUAUCAAUACUAAUUGGAUUGUAUUUUUAUCUGACCCGAAACUUUAACUACUGGUCCUCUCGUGGAGUUCCCGGACCCAAACCUAUUGUUUUGUUUGGUACAGUUUGGCAUAUUUUUUUCAAAUCUAUUCAUAAAAUAAUUUUAGACGAUGGACUAAAAUAUGGUCGCAUUUAUGGUACAUAUUUGGGUUCCCGACCUAACCUAACGAUAAACGACCCGCAAUUGACUCGACAGAUGAAUAUCAAAGACUUUCAUGUGUUUGUCGAUCACAACGAUUUCAUUACUGGAGACAAGUUUAACGACCGAUCGUUGUUUAAUCUGAUGGGAGACGACUGGAAGAAAAUGAGAUCAAUUAUAUCGCCGACAUUUUCGUCGGGCAAAAUGCGUUCAAUGCAUCCGCUUAUCAUCGAUUGUAUUGGUCGACUGGAACAGUAUGUCGAGUCCAGGGCCCGAACUAACGAGGAUUUGAAUGUUAAGCAAACAAUGGGUAAUAUGACAAUGGAUGUAAUAGCUGUCUGUGCUUUCGGCACCCGGAUUGAUGCCUACGGCAAAAAACCCAGCGAUUUUGUUAUGAAUGUCCAGAAGGCUAUGAACGCCAAUUGGAGGAUUUGGGUGUUCUUCCUGUUGAUGUCGUUCCCGAAGUUACGAAAGUGGAUUGGUUUUGAUAUACAGGAUCCGGUAUCUAAAAACUUUUUCAAAUCAGCCAUAAAAUCUAUUGUCAGCCAAAGGAAGAAUGACAAGAAUACCAAACGACGCGAUUAUCUUCAGCUUAUGAUUAACGCACAAAACAAGAGCUCAGAUAAUAGUGACGAAUCAGUUGUCGGCGAUAUUACCAGUGAUGAGAUUUAUGGUAAAACUGAUACAUUAGAUACGAAAAACAAAGACAGAGUAGACAUUGAUGACGACGACAUACUGUCCACUUCGUUCCUGUUUUUCAUUGCCGGUUACGAAACAACUGCAACAUUACUCACAUACUUGAUCUACAAUCUUGCGUUAGACGACAACUGUCAGCAAAAACUGUACGAAGAGUUGAGACAAUUUGAUGGUAAGUUUGAAUACGAAAGUAUCGCUCAAAUGCCAUAUCUGGAGGCCUGUGUGGCCGAAACUUUACGUCUUUAUACACCCGUCCCAUCAAUUGGCAGAAUUGCAUCGCAAGACUAUACUAUAGGUGACACCGGUAUAACAAUACCAAAGGGAAUGCUCGUCAACUUUUCGGUCCGCAGUUUGCACUGUAAUCCCGAUUAUUAUCCGAAUCCCGAUCGUUGGGAUCCCGAACGGUUUAUGCCCUACAAUCGGGAUAAGUUAGUUCCCUAUACUUAUAUGCCGUUUGGUUUGGGUCCCAGAAAUUGUGUGGGAAUGAGGUUUGCAUUGAUGGAGGCAAAGACCGCAGUCGCCUAUUUGGUCAAUAGAUUUAAGUUUAUACGAACCCCGAAAACUACUGUUCCUCUAAUAGAGAAUAAGUUUGAAUUUAUGUACACUACCGGCGAUGUUUAUGUUGGAGUUGAAAUCAGAUAAUUUUUGAUGUAUAACAUUAAAAACCUACUGUUUACUAUUUGUG